AAACAAUAUAAAAAAGGCAUUCUUUCUUAAGCCAAUGGAUUCAAUAGGACGGAUUCUUGUAUAAGUUGUAACCUGCCGCUGUUUACAACUUCUCUCAAUUCCUCAUACAAUUAAGCCUUCACCUACCACUUUAUAAAAACCCAUUCUUUCUUCUCUCUUUUUUCUCUUCAUUACCACUUCUCUCUUAUUUCCCUCAAAACCAAACAAACAAACAAACAAACACAUUCUUUUUCUUUUCUUUUUCUUUCCAAUUUCCAUGGCUGGUUCUUCUAAAAGACACUGUUUCUUAGAAGAAGAUGAUGGUUUGGCUUCUAUUGUAGAUAAUAUUGAACCAGGCUAUUCUGGUCAUAAUCAUAAUCACUUCUCUUAUCAACAUGGUUUUGUUUCAAGAACUUUAGGUUAUGCUACUUUUUCUUCUCGUAGAUCUGGUAGAUUUUAUGAUGCUAGAUUUGAAGAUCAUCAUCCUCAUUUUCUUGAAGCUUGUUUUCUUUGCAAAAAGCCUCUUGGAAAUAAUAAAGAUAUCUUCAUGUACAGAGGGGAUACACCUUUUUGUAGUGAAGAGUGUAGACAAGAACAAAUUGAAAUUGAUGAAGCGAAAGAGAAGAAUAGGAAUAUUUCAUCAUCAAUUGCUUUAAGAAAAAAGGAACAAAGAAAAUCUUCGUCACCAAACAAGGCACAAGAUUACUCUUUUCGUACAGGGACGGUUGCUGCGGCUUAAUUAGUAAGUAGUAGUAGUAGUUGAAACUGAAAGUUUCAAUUUUCAAUUUCAAAAAAAAUUCAAAAUAGCCUUACAAAAAAAGGGAAAAAAAGGAAAGAAAAAAAAAAUGGAACUGUAAUAGUGGUUUGGGAAAAAACAAAGAAAAGAAGAAAAGUAGAAGUGAAGUUCCAAGUUUAUCGUUCCUUUUAGUAAGGAGAAGGGUCAAGACUUAAGAGAGAAGCGAUUUUCAAGGAAGUGAUUAUUGGCCAGAAGCUGUGUAUAUGGUACGGUUUUGAGAAUUUUGCUACUUGUGGAUCCUCUCUCUAUUGUAUGAAAUGACCCAUUUUUUGGGUUUUUUUUUUAUUUUUUAUAUGAAUGUUGUGGGGUUUUUUAAUAUUGGUUAUUGGUUUAUCUUUACUACCAAUGUAUGUAUGUAUCGAGUAAAUUCGAAGUUUAAAAAAAAGAAGAAACUUGAUACCAGCA